GUCCCGAGCGUGCCAGGGGGAGUGUGACCGAAGUAGCGUGCUGGUAUAAGCUGCACACGCAUCUUCGAAACGUCGUGUGUGUUGUGGUGCGUGCGUGCUGUGUGUUUGCAGGGUGUGUUUGCCAUCAGAGCAAGUUCAAGCAUGAAGAGAGGCAAGAAUGCAGAGGAGGCCAAUGGAGAUGGUGACAACGGAGCUGCUGAUACCAAGAAACAAAAGAAGACCAAGGAGCCAGAAGCCCCGAUCCUGUAUGAAGACCCCCCUGACAAACUGACCAGCCAAGAUGGACGUGAAGUCAAUUUCAAGAUUACAUCUUGGAAUGUGGACGGACUGAGGGCCUGGGUGAAGAAGAAGGGUCUGGAUUGGGUUCGUGAGGAGUCCCCGGAUGUUUUGUGCCUGCAGGAAACAAAGUGUGCGGAGAAGUCAUUACCUGCCGAGAUCACGUCCAUGCCCGAGUACCCACACAAGUACUGGAAUGGAUCAGAUGAGAAGGAAGGCUACAGCGGCGUGGCCAUGCUCUGCAAGACUGAGCCUGUCAAUGUCACUUAUGGAAUUGGCAAAGAAGAGCAUGACAAGGAAGGGCGCGUCAUCACGGCAGAGUUUGAGAAGUUCUUUUUGGUGACGGCUUAUGUUCCUAAUGCCAGCAAAGGUCUAGUUCGCCUUGAUUAUCGCAAAACCUGGGACGUCGAUUUUCGAUCUUACCUGAGUGACCUGGACAAAAAGAAGCCAGUGGUACUGUGUGGAGACCUCAACGUUGCUCACCAAGAGAUCGAUCUGAAGAACCCCAAGGGCAACAAGAAGAACGCAGGCUUCACCCCGGAGGAACGCGAGGGCUUCACUGAGCUGCUCGCUGCGGGCUUCAUCGACAGCUUUCGUGAGCUUUAUCCCGAGCAGGCCUAUGCAUACACCUUCUGGACCUACAUGAUGAACUCCCGUGCCAAAAACGUGGGCUGGAGGCUUGACUACUUUGUACUGUCCGCCACUCUGCGUUCGGGGUUGUGUGACAACAAGAUCCGCAACAAAGCAAUGGGCAGUGACCACUGUCCCAUCACCCUGCUGAUGGCUUUCUAGCUUUUGAUAGCAUAAUAGUGACGCAUCAGCCACGUGUUGGUUCACCAGACAUUGUCUUUAGAAAUAUUAGAGAAGUAGUCAGACCAAAACAUCUACUGCAAACCUUUCUGUUACAUGAUGCAGUUGUCUUCAAUACAUCAUGAUAAGUACACUAAAAUAAAACUACUGAUCCACUGUUCAACCUUUUUUAAAAGCAUUCAUGGUUUUCAUUUGCCUUUUUCUCUGAACUGAUGUGGACUGGUUCGUGGAAAUUGUCAAAACAAAAUAAAGGUGAUUUAUAGGAAA